AUGAUAGGUGAACUAAUAGAAAAUAGAGUCGAUAUUGGUGGUACUCCUUUGUUUUUAACAAUAGAUCGAAUCGAUAUAAUUGAAUAUAUAGCAAUGACAACACCUACUAGAUCGAAAUUUGUGUUUAGAGAGCCAAAACUGUCUUAUGUUACUGAUGUCUACACAUUACCUUUUGAUAAUUCGGUUUGGUACUGCACCAUAGCGUUGGUUCUUUUUAGUUCGAUUAUAUUGUUUAUUGCUAUUAAAUGGGAAUAUAUUUUAAAGGGUGAAGAUUAUCACUUUAAGAAUGAGGAAAUAGAACCUGAACUCCAAGCUUCAGUGUCAGAUGUUGCUUUUCUAUCUAUUGGAGCAGUUUGCCAGCAAGGAGCUGCAGCGGUUCCAUUUAGCUUACCAGGACGAAUUACCACGAUAUUUUUGUACAUCGCCUUGUUUUUCCUUUACACCUCUUAUUCUGCAAAUAUAGUUGCAUUGCUACAAUCAUCAUCACACAGCAUUAAGAAUUUAGAAGAUCUAUUAAAGUCCAGGUUACAAGUUGGAGUAGAUGAUACUGUAUUUAAUAGAUUUUACUUUCCAGUUGCUCCUCCCGGAAAACCAAAUAAAUUCAUGCCAAUUGAGGAAGGUAUCAGAAAAAUGAGAGGAGGUUUAUUUGCUUUUCAUGUUGAAACUGGUGCAGGAUACAAACUUGUUGGCGAGACAUUUCAUGAAGACGAAAAGUGUGGACUACAAGAAAUCCAAUAUCUUCAAGUACCUGAUCCGUGGUUAGCCAUUCAAAAAAAUUCUUCUUUUAAGGAGAUUUUAAAGAUAGGUUUAAAAAGAAUUCAAGAAAUAGGAUUGCAAAUACGAGAAGUGGGAUUGAUUUAUUCAAAAAAGCCUGCCUGUUUAGGUAGAGGUACUAGUUUUAUAAGCUUUGGUAUUGUUGAUUGUUACCCACCUGUUGUGGUGUUGGCAGCAGGACUGCUACUAUCCUUUAAUUUGCUGCUAGUGGAAAUAGGAGUCCAAUACACGUAA